UGUAGCACACAUGCUAGGUAAUUUUGACUUUGAAUGAGCUUAUUUAAUGACAGUGUUAUAUUUUUGUACGACAUAUAAUGUUUAAAUCUCUAUAAUCUGCAGAAAUCUACCUAAGAAUAGGGUUAGCAAGGGUAGUCUGGUCAUUUCAGUCAUUUUAAGUGACUGUUUCUUCAACCACGUGAAAACCGCGUUAGAAAACUCAGCUGAGCUCCUGGUAGCACACGGUCUAAUGGUACACCAAAGGGAAGUCGCGUUACAUCUCUGAGCGGAGCUGUUUCUAAAAUCCUCUGAACUUGAGAGGUCCCUGAAGUAGCAUGGACACCUUCCGCCCCCAGACUGUUAUUUGGUGGAUGUAAUACCAGUUGGCUGAACCUGCUUGCAACUUUGACAUUGAAGUGGAUAGUGGACACUGUGUUGUUACAAUGAAGACCUCAGUGCAUACAUAAUCUGAGCCAAGGUCUGUGAUUAUGUUUCGGCUCCGGUGUGUGAAUUCCUGCCUUCGUAGGCUCCUUCAUGGGGGGACAGUGAACCGAGACCAGGUUCUGGACCAGCUGCAGGUUUGCUUGGCCGAAGACCAUGUGUUUGAUGUGGUGGGCAAGAACAAGGCCAAGCUCACAGUGAACCAUGUCAGCUGUGCUGUGGGGAUGCUGUGGCAGUUUCAGAGAGACAAACCUCAGCUACUCAGGACUGUGGAUCUCAUCAAGAGUCACCCACAGUUCUUGACUCUCCGGGUUUUGGCUGAAAACAAAAUUGCUCUUAUGGAUGAUUCUAUGUUGGUGGACAUACUUUACAGUUUCCUCAGGCUGAAUGUGGAUCCACAUGACUCUCUUGUUCAACAGUUGGUUUCAGAAGCAUGGCUAAGAAUAGACAGAUUUCCAAUGGCCUCCCUGUCCAAGUUUGCUAUUUGUCUAAGUGAUCAACACCUUCAACAAAGUCCUCUAAUGGGCCGCAUCACAAGUAUUGUGGAUCAGAGGCUGUCAUCGAUGGAUGAUGCCAGGGUCCUAACUACACUGAUGAUAAGCACAUCAUCCCUGGUGUCUCCCCGGCUGCGGGAUGCCUUAAUUAACAGAGCAGAUCUUCUCCUUGACACCAUGAAUCCCUCACAGUACAACAACCCUCGGAGAGUGGUGCAGUUCCUACGCAACAUCAAGUACAGCCACCGGCCUCUGCUGGAGAAGUGCAACCAGAUCCUUUUGUGCAACAUUCCCAGGCUAGACGCAGAGAAUAUCAGCAUCAUCAUGGGGCUGUAUCAGUCCCUGCAGUUCAACAACUGUGACUUCAGGCUGGCUGUUAAACAAAGACUGAUAGAACUGAUUGAUUCAAGCACUGAUCCUUUCUCCUUUACUAAACUGUUUGUUGCUCUGGCUCCCAUGGCCAGUCAGGAGAUCAGAGAAGGGUUGGAGAACACUGCCUUCCUGUUGGCGGAUGAGCUCAGUGCACACCAGGCUCUGGCUAUAGCCGAAGCACUAGAAGAGAUUCAAAGCAGGAACCUUAGCUUACUGAACAAAAUUGCAUCAGUAAUCCAGAGGAACCUUCAUGUGUAUAAACCGGUGGAGGUGGCCAGAAUCACCCAAGCCCUUUAUCUGUUCCAAUACCAGAACCCUGAACUCUUCACCAAACUAAGAAACAUUUUGGUCAACUUUUUGCAGCACAGCGUCUUCCCCUACGAGGUAACCAUGCUGACCCGUGUUCUGUCCAUGCUGCCCUGCCCACGGCUCGAUGAGGCUGUGACCUCACGGGUAGAGGCGGUGGUGACGCAGUGCAAUCUCAAUGACCUCAACACCAUUUCCUUUGCCAUUGCCAAGUGGGUGCGGAACGAUCCGUCCUACCGCCACAACACUCCCAGCAAGUAUGUCCGUCUGCUGCAGACUCUGAACCGCUGCGGGCACGAGAGGCUACAAACAGCCGACCGGCUGGACUUGGUGCUUGAGGAGCUCAGGUACGUUUCAGGGGAGUGGUUUGAAGAAAUGUUGCUCGAAGAGACGAUGGUCAUGCUGCAGAGGAUGAUGGACCAAAUAAACUGGACCAAUGUGCCAGAGCUGUCCCUCUUCUUAACCCGGAUGAAUCACCUCUGCCCUCCUCUGAUGGACCGAAUCGCCAGUGUGGCUAUUAAAGACAUCGACAAGAUUCACUACUCGGCAACAUAUGCCACCCUGCUGCCCUUUUCUGUCCUGAAUUAUGAUCCUGCACAAGCGGACGAGUUGUAUGAUGCUUGUAUUCAGCGCUUUACUCCUCAUAUCAGCUCCUUUGACCCCCAUCUGCUAGUUCUCCUGGCAUACUCCUUGGCUGUGGCUGACUGUUUUCCUGAAGAACUGGUCAGAGAAAUCUUCAGUAUCGACUUUCUGGGAAAACUGGAUUCCCAACUAGAAACCCUACCUGAUGCCCUCAACAUGCGGACCAGACUGCGCCUCAUGGAGCUCAAUCGUGCCGUGUGUCUUGAGUGUCCUGAGUUCCAGGUGCCGUGGUUUCAUGAGCGCUACUGCCAGCAGCUGCAAAAGAAAGGGAAUGGCGUUGUCAGUUCUGUGCAGCAGCAAAUCCACAAAAUGCUGGGUGAAGUUCUAGGUGGCAUUAACUGUGUCCGAGCAGCAGUUUUUACUCCAUAUUUUUACACCGUAGACUUUGAAUGCAUACUGGACACACACCUACAGCCGCUGCCUUACAGCACUCCGAGCACACUGCAGAUCUCAGACAGAGGGAAGGUUCACUGGGGGACGAGCUCAACGGAAAACAUCAUGGAUGAGCUGCCACCUGGAGCUCAGCGAGUUGCUGUGGACUUCCUCGAUUCAAAGUGCUUCUGUAAGAAUUCUCAUCAUAUGAAAGGUGAAGCCUUGAUGAGAAAAAGACACCUUGAAAUUCUGGGAUAUCGUGUUGUUCAGAUCCCUCAUUAUGAAUGGAACUCUAUGGAGCUUUCAACACAGGAUGCCUGGAAGGAAUAUCUAAAGAAGAAAAUAUUUAGAGAGCUUUCUUCUUGAAGGCAUUAUUUAUUGAAUGAGAAAGGAAAUGUUACAUUGGACACUGAGCUUUCAGCCUGGUUUUAAAGAAAUUCUUGGCAGUGAGUGACUGAGUGCAAAGAUUCAAGUGCUCCUUAUUUUUUUGUCAUAGAGCCUAAAAUUGACAUGAAUCUACCUCAUUCAUGUUAAGUAAGAUUGUAUGUA